CCCAUGGUCGCGUAUAGGCCUAGCCUGGGCACGAUUUGACCUGUUGUCCUGACUGUUUAUAGGUAUACAAAGUAUAGGCCUAGGUAUCAUUGCGGUAUAAGGAAACAUGGCAGACCCGGUGGAUGAAUCCAUGGAUACAACUACUGCCGAGGCGGCAGAGGGAGACGAAGUUGAGCUGACCAAAGAGCAGGAGGCGGAGUUCAAGAAAGCAUUCACCCUGUACGACAAGGACAAAGACAACAAGCUCUCGUCGGCCGAGAUUGGCCCCGCGCUGCGAUCCUGCGCCCUCACACCCACCGAAGCAGAACUGAAUGCUAUAAUUAGCAAUAUUGACAGUCAAGGUGGUUUUGCCGACUUUCCCGAGUUCCUCAGCUACGCUGCGCGGCUGCUCCCCGAGAAAGACCCCGAGGAGUUGCUGAGGGAGGCAUUCACGCGGUGGGACACUAACAACUGUGGCUUCCUCAAUGCGACAGCUCUCCGUGAGGCGAUGGUCACGAUGGGGGAACCGCUGACAGAAGAGGAGGCGGACGAGAUGAUUAAGGAGGCGCUCCCGAGUGGGGACGGACAGAUCAAUUAUGAAGAUCUUUUAGUCAAGCUGAUUAAGGAAUACAGAUAGAGAGCGAAGGACCUCACGAUGAAUACGCUUAACAAGGAAGUUCGACAUUACGUGUUUUGGAAUAAUAUCCGAGAGAGAAAUGAGAGUCCGAACUGAAAUACUCGAUGAUAUAGGACUUUCGAGCGAGGAUUUUUAAUAAAGAUCGUAGUUUAUUGCAUACGUGUAUAUGUUUCUUAUAAUCCGUCCAAAACAUCUACGCUUUGAUCAAAAUAUACAAGCAGAAAUUCAUGUGUCGUUUACAGAACAGACUGUUUCUACAUGUAUAUUGUAAAUAAUUGGAAGUACAAUGUACAUGUAAUCAUGUGGAAGAGAGAGGUUUCAAAACAUUUUGAAGAAUGCUGAUAUCACGUUUUGUCUUUUAUGUUCUCGUGUUAAUCUUCAUGAGCGAUGCAACACAUUGGCUGCUCCCUUUUACAUAAAGGCAUUGAUGAUCGAGUAACGUAAUCGUAAAACCUUAGGUAACAGAACCUCCCUAUUUUUCAUAACGAUUGUCUUAUUCUGCUGAUUAUUGUUACAUUUAUUGAAAAUAUUUAUGUGUAAAUAAGUUUUAUGAAUAAAGGUUAUUUUUAUG